AUGGUUGAGAAAGGCAUGUGCACGUCAAGCCUUCCUCCGACCUUCCGCGAGGCAAUUUACGUUGCGCGCGGCAUGGGAUUCCCGUACAUCUGGAUCGAUUCACUAUGCAUCAUCCAAGAUGACAAAGAUGACUGGAAGGCUGAAGCAAGACGAAUGGCUAUCAUCUACGACAAUGCAACCUGUACAAUUGUUGCGAUGGAUGGCCUUGACAGUGAGGCCGGUCUCAGCAUACAGAACUCGGAGCUCAAGAGCGCUGGUAUUUUGGAUUCUAGGGCUUGGGUGUGUCAAGAGCGGAUGAUUUCACCCCGAUCUCUCAUAUUCUCUGAGGACUCUCUGUCAUGGGAAUGCCGCGAAUGCGAUGCUUCCUUUGCGGAACCAAGCUUGGUGGCUCGACGAGCACCAGGUACGAACGAAGCCCCGACCCAUCCCAAGGAUAUUUUUGCCUUCUUCAGAGACUUCCGCUUGCCGCGUCCUAUCCCCAAGGAGGAGAAUGCAUGGGAAGAUGUGGAGGACGAAGAAGAGAGUGAAGGAGAUGCGGAAGAUGAUGAACUCGAGGGAGCGAACCAAGAGGGAGAUGAUAUCGACGUUGACAGUAGCGAAGAUGCGGUUGAAGACGAUGAUCAUGAAGGCAGCCAUGAAGAAGCCGAGGAUACAUCUGAUGACGAAACCCACGGAAUGGAAAUCACCACAACUCACUUCGCGGAUGCCGGUCAGAAUCACCAAGGCUCUGAGUUCGACGACGAAGCCUACGACAGCGAUGGCUAUCCAGCUUACCGAGGAGGUCUGCCUGGGCAUGCUGCAAAUCUUUCGGUUUUUCUCGAAGGCAAGGGGCCAUCUAAGUUGUAUCGUGUGCACCCGGACGGCCCAAAUGACGACGGAACAGAUCCGUUUGGGGAUUACAUGGUCGUGGCAACUGAUCUCAGCCGACCCCGAGACGUGUAUUAUCCUUUUCUCAAAACCUGGUGGCAGUUUCUCUCCAACUACUCCUCGCUAUCUCUAAGCUACAGCUCGGACAAGUUCCUCGCUAUCAACGGUAUCACCACCGUGGCCCAAAGAUGGACACAUCUCCGGUCAUCUUUUGGUCUUUUCUACCACUUCUUCGAGACAGAGAUGCUAUGGUACGUAGAUCCGAAGGGUCCGUCGGGGGAGCGACAGAAGCCUUGGCUGGUACCGACAUGGUCGUGGGCCUCGACACGCAAUGGCAUCGUUGUCAACGACAUGUACCGCCGUCUGCCGAUGCGGGGUAGUCUUAUGAUCAAACCUGAAAUCAAGAUGGGAAUGGGCACCGCGUUCGACCAGCCGCUCCCUUUCGCUGCAUGGAUGGCUCGACGUUAUCAUACUCUCGAGAUGAAGGGCGAUUUGAGGAAAGGGGUUGUCACAGCAACUCCAGGUAUUAACGGAGAGACCAAGUACACUAUCGCACUGGACAAGCUUGGCCGGUUCUCAGACGAAGAGGUGCACGACUUUCGACCUGACUGUGCCGAGGAGUUCCCAGUUGGCCAGUCGGUCAAUGUGCUCUACAUGGUUUGGUAUCAUUAUGACGCCGAUUACUGGAAGCUCGACAAGCACAUCGACGUUGGCUUGGUGUUCAAGCAAAUGAAGGGGGAGACAGAAAUCACCAUGUACGAGGAAGAUGUGGCCAAGGAGUCAACCAGCGAGCAAAGGCUUCUGACCCGUCUGGGAUAUUUGGAGACCACGUAUCCCACGGGAAGCCGGCGAAACAUGGCGGAAGUGAUGGAAGAGUUGACCUGGUAUUUUGUAAGAGUGGCAUAA